AUGGCUCACAGUGAACUCCCGGCGGUUGAGCAGCAACAGCAUAUGUACGAGUCGUUGUGCCGCUACUUUGACGAGCAUGAGAACGAAGUAAUCGAAAUCGAGGUUCUUCCUUCAGCAAUCGAGCCUACAGAUGGAGCCCUGAUGCAGGAUGGCUUAAGCUUGGGCAUACCAAAGAAGACCCUUACUCUGGCGUUUCUGGCAGCACGGCAGGCAUUCUUCGACAACAAAGACAACAGUCCAAUUGAUCCAAAGGCCCUCCAAGCCACCAAAGUCAUGCUACUGUUUGACCCAGAGCUUAUUACGGCUGCAAACUUCCGCAAGCGCAGACUGCUAGCAAUGAGGGACGUAGAAGAUGUGCUCACAUGCCAGAGAGCACUCAUGUCAGAGCUUUGCUUCCUCGACAGCAUCCUCACUUCCCCCUUGCAUCGACAGACCAAAUCGCCAACUCUUUGGUGGCAUCGCUCAUGGUUGCUGCAACUCGUUGUCCGUGUGGAAUUGAAAAGUGCUUCGGGCAAGCGCAUCGCAACCAUCAUUUCUGCUGGGCUCGAAUCCGUAUGCAAAUCUGGAGAGCGACACCCCAAGAACUACUUCGCCUGGCAAUACGCUCGCUGGAUGAUAGUGGCAGUAAGCCGUGUGCUCGCGGCCUUGGAUGCACAUAUCGCUUUUGACUGUGUAGUGUCUGCGUUCUCCGACCGAGUGUGUAAUUGGUGUUUGAAGCACCCCAGCGAUAUCUCAGGCUGGUUGUUCCUCCUCUUUCUUCUCGCGCGACUUGAUCCGGUCGACGAACGAGACGAAAUAGUGGAGAAGGUCUUGCAGUACGCCGCGAAAGUGAGAUCCGAGAAUGAAUCGCUCUGGGUCUUCAUUCGCAAUGCGCUUGCGAAUCCCACGCUGUUGGAGGACCGUGACGCUCGCAUCGAGACACUCGAAGAAUGUCUCGAAGAUGCGAAGACAACACAACAAGACUCGGCAUACCUAGAGUAUGUCGAGCAAAGUCUGCGCUGGAUUCGCACCUCUGGCAAGUCGAAAUCUCGUCCCUGA